AUGCAGGGUCUGAAUAUAAAAUAUAAUCUCAGACAUGUUCUUCUUCUAUUAUUUUUUAUUUUAACCGUGAGAGAGAGAUUCCUCAAGAACUAAUGGAUUUGGAAGGAAGAAAAAUCAUUUGGAUUAUCUGUGUAAAGGGUACAGAGAAAAAUUACCGGCAACCAAGUUUUAACGUUGUCAAACUCAGUGAUAAGCCUGAUGUGAUCCAUAAUUUUCACACCAAUAUGACAAUGGAGGUCCGUACACAGUCAGAACUCCCUUUAAGUUCAAGUUCAUGUUCUGGAAUGCAGGUGGAAAAUAUAUCUUCAGAAGCAAAGAACAACGGUUCACCUUGCUCUCCAUUAACUCCAAUCACAAAACGACAAGGAAGUCUUAUUAUUGAUGAUGAAGCAAUUCAAGAAUCAUCAACAAGGUCUAAGAGAACAUAUAAAAAGGCUAGAGGAGAAAGUGAUAGCAAAGUAGAGAACAUGAAGAAAGAAAGCACAAAGGCAAAGCAUUAGGAGGUUGAGCAGGUAAAAUGAUCUUGUGUUGGUAUUUAAUUUAACUUCAGUUUGUAUA